GCGCGCGAAGGCAACGUCACCCACCACGUGGUUGUGCUGCCGCCUCGGUCCAGCGUGCGCGCGCCUCGGCCACACUGCGCAUCAUUGCUUGCCGUUAUUUCAUCUUUCCAUAUUGUGAACUUUCACAUUCAGUCUCUCGGUCGACCUCGAGUCGAAGAGCAACUUCUGUUGUCCGAGUUUUACAUCACCGGCGAUUAAGCCAUCGUCUCGCGCUUUCCCGAUGGCUGCGAACCGGGCGGGGCGGCGGGUCGACAAGGUGUGCGGCCACCGGUCGCCCAACCGGGCCCUGCAGCGGCGCCAGCAGGCUCGAGUAACCGUCAAGUACAACCGCAAGGAGCUCCAGCGCAGGCUGGACGCGGAGAAGUGGAUCGACUGCGGCCUGGACCGGCUCUACGCGGGCCGGGAGGAGGACAUGCCCGAGGAGGUGAACAUCGACGAUCUUCUGGACCUGAAGACGGACGCUGAGAGGACGCACAGACUGCAGGAGAUUCUUCACUCGUGCAACAGCAACACAGAGGUUUUCAUCGGCGACUUGCUGGGCAAACUUCACGGCCUGCAGAAGCAGGAGGAGCUGCACAACGACGGCAUCGACCUACCGCAGCUCCACGUCUACCCCGCCCGCCCCGGAUCGGCCGACGGGGACGCGCUGCGCUGACGGGAGCCGGCGCACCCCUCCGCCUGACCCGGACCGCAGAACGAGCGCACCGAAAGCCCGCACCCCAGGACCAGCAAGAAGCACAACAGGAAGUGGACCAUCAGAACUUUGAUGAUGAUCCAAACUUAUUCGUCCUUGUCAGUCGUCGUUUUGUGUUUCUUCAUUUUCGUGGGUUUCAAUUUCCUGGCUACACACACACGCACGCACGCACGCACACACACGUCUGUUUGCACUGUAAACAUGUGUCGUCACCCCACAGACCUUCACAAGGCCGUGGGUGUGUGUCUGUCUGUGUGUGUGAAGACACUUCCUGUUAUCACACACUUCAGGCUUAAGUCUUGUUUACUAGCAUACACACACACACACACACACACGUGACACACAAUACACGUUGCAGAAUACAGACAUUUAGACAUAAUACACGCAGACCACACACACACACACUAUACACCAGGGGUGUCAAAAGAGGCCGGACUACUAAAAUCACAUCAUACUUAAUCUAAAAAUAAAUACUCUAACAAUGAAGUUUUUCUCUUUGUUUUAAUGCGAAACAAAACUCAUACAUUAGGAAAAUCUGUAGAUGUCAUGAUUUGUUCUUGUUGUUGUCAUUUUACAAAGCGACCUCAGAUUUCUUCUUGAGAAAAUUUGCUUCAGUUUCUCAUGUGUCCAUAAUAACUGAUCACAGCGAUUGUAUUUUGAGGCACAAAACUGCGCAAUGAUCCUUAUACUGCACGACCACAAUGUCUUGUGUCAUUUUUUUCCACAGUCCAAUUCAUCCCGCGGGCCGGAUUGUACCCUCUGGCGGUCUGGUUUUGGCCCGCGGGCCCUAUGUUCGACACCGCUGCCAUAACCCACACGCCCACUUUUUUGUCCCGAUUUGCCAGCUGUGUUUGUACAUGAUUUGAAAAAACAACAACAUUUAUUUUAUUUUGCACUGCAGGUCGCGGUUGCUGAGAGUGUUUUGGAUUGUUCAGGACAUUGAACUAAAGUGCAUCAAUUCAUCGGCAGAAUAAUUCAAUCGUAGCUUACAGAAUAAAAGGAUAUGAGUGUCAAGGGAAAUAACUUUUGCUUCAUGAGGUCUUACAGGUGGAAACAGCACCGCCUGCAGGUGCAAUGGUGUACUGCGAGACA